CACCGUUGGCUUCCUACCACCUCCACCCAGCAUGUUGGUGUGUCCGUUGUACAGUGACACUUGCGGCUUUAUAAUCAAACAACAGGAAACCAAUUGGCGAAUGCUUGAUUGAUCCUUACUGAUUGCCGCGGCUGAUAGUACGAAACUAUCGCGAGAGUGGGUGAAAAUAAAAGGGGUUUGUCGCAUCGUUACCCUGCCCGUGUCCUUAAUCUUCCCCCCCCUUUCCAGCCCCACCCGCUUAUCAGUCAGCCAUGGCGGAAAGUGGCACAUUUUUGCUUUAUUCAUGACAGCUUCCGAAAACACCUCGCUCAGCUUAUCAGGAGGUGUAUUAGCACAGUUCAUUUCUUCUUUUUGUUGUUGUUGUUUCUUUUUUUUUUGGUUGGUUGGUUUCCCACCGACCGUUUUUCCCGCUGUGCCGCUGUGUGCAAGGAUGCGCGUGGAUGGUGGAGCACAUGGGAGGCUUUGGUUAAGGACGCGACAUGCGCAUUCGCAACCCCCCAUACCUGCCCAGAACCGAUAUCAGAAAACGGCAAGAAAUAUAUGUAUACCGUGCCUCCUAUCGUUAUGCUGCCAUUAGGAGCACACCAAGCUCUUCCAGUGUGAGUCGGUUCUGUUACUGCUGCAGCGAAGUGCUUUCCACUUAACGUAACUAUUUGCGGAACCAGAUUCCGCCAGCUAUUGUGACUAAAUGUGUUUUAGUGUUAUAGUGUCGCUGGUUACAUAUUCGGACGAUGUGCUUUUCCAUUUCGUUAGGAUCCUAUCACGUUUUGCAAAACUUGAAGCGCACACACAGCGCGAACUGUGGAUAUCAAGAUUUUGGAGGUCGUUACCUGUAGUACCGUAACUAGUUUGGUGCACAUCCAGAUGAAAAAUAUCUCAAGUCUCGCAAAUAAGGGACCAGAGUGCAACAACUUACCACGUGAAGGAAAGAAGAAAAAAAAACAGUGCGUUUAUUUGCCCUCUUGUUGCGGUUUGUUGCUUCUAAUCGUCCUUUGUGUCGAUUCCGCUGACCUAACCAAGCGCAAGUUGACGCGCAGUCCUGCCCCAACAAUGUCCCGAUAACAAAGUUUUAUCCACGGGCAAGAAUACAUUAGGCUCGCAUCGGUUGGCUAUUCGCAGCACACAAUUCUUUGAUUGGAACCAGGCGCAGCCUAAUGGGGUGGAACGGUUGAAACGGGCAAUACGGUGAAGAUUCACAGGUCCCCAAGAAACCCCCCCAAAACAUACCCGAACAGAACCGUAAAGCGAAAGCGAAGAGAGAUUGGGCGCUGAUUGGAUAUCCAUAACCUGUGCCUGUGUGCCCUAAUCGAAGAAGGCUCGCUUCGGUGCCUGUGGUGUUAAGAACGGAUGUGAAUGUUUGUGUAUGUGUGCGUGUAUGAAAGUGUGUGAGAGAGUGAUUUCCAUGCCCAGCUCUUGUUACCCAUUUUCCCGCUAGUGCGCUCAAAACCCUACGACACGUUCUAUGUAGAUGCUGGCCUAGAAUUUGUAUAUACGAACCCAAUAUAUCUGGCCCACAAGGCGAGAUAUACCAUUCGGCAUCCUUGUGUUGACAUAAAAGGGUGCUUUUGUGGUGUCUUGUGUGAACAACAAACGGGGUUUUUGGCUCGGUCGGCGUCACUGCUAACACACUGCUGGGAAAGUCGGCAAUAGCAAUGGAGGCAAGGCGAUUUUGAAGCUCACCAGAAACUCGGUCAACAAUCAAAAAAGAAUUAAUCAUACAAUCUACCCCAAAAAACCGAAGACAAAGAAAAAACAUUGGGCGAUGGUGAUACGGGGUAUCACACGGACCGAAAACUUUUCCUGCUUUCAAUGUUUCUUCGCUGCAUAAAUUUUGGCAUUGGAAUCUUCGCGGUGUGGUGUCGGUGCCGAUGACUUGUAUGGCCCAAAAUGUGUGCAAAUUCGUGCCUGAUGUUUAUAGUGUACCGUUAAUCUAAUAAUGUUUACAUUGGACGGUAGACCUACGGAAGGCACAACGUGAGCCGCAUUUUAGAUUAUUUGCGAUGAGAGACAGACAUUGAAUGCAGCGUUAAAGUCCGUAUGUGUCCGUAGUGUCGAACGGUAGUAGCACUUUUAGUAUAUAAUUCGUUUAACGGUGGAAAGGAGCAAAUGGUGGAAAACGUGAAACCUAGCAACAAGAUGCCUUUAUUGUAGGUUUUUGAGGUAGGGUUUUUUUCCCCUACUAGCGAAUUUCGCUAAGCACGGGAAGGACCACUUCUGCGCCUGGUGUGGCUAUAGUGUUCUUAACCUUCACGGGACUUGCUGGGGGUGUUUGCUUGGUAAAAGGACGAGCACCAUUUCAGUUUUGCUCCCAGUGAAGCAAUUGGAGAUGGUUGAAGUCCUCUGUAAUGUGAUACAUUUCUGUUUGUUUUUUUUGUUGUUGUUAUUAUGGGUCGUCUUUUCGAUGUUUUGCCGAUAUUCUCAACCCACAUCGGGUAUGCUAUACAUUACCGAACCUUUACAUCUUCCUUUGCAGGAACAAUGAUCACUUCUUGACCAGAGGAUAUCGACGCGUUCAAUCCCCUUCAACCCACGACAUCAUCCAGCGUCCUUUUUGCCAGUUCUCGGUGUUGCAAGACAUUUCUGCAAAAUUUCUCUUAGUUCAGCAAUAGGGCCUAGCAAAAAAAAACACACACGGGUUGAGCCUAGCCGUAUCAUCUCGCACGUACCGGAUGGAUUGAAUUUUGUCGUACCAGGUUGAGGUGAUCAAAGGGCAUAACAAAACUAGAAAUUCGACGAAGCACAAGGGUAGGGCGGGCGCGACUGAGAAUUCGAUGUGGAAGAAAACUCUAGCAUCCAAUGCUCAAAACCAUUGCUCAAAUUCAGCUCACACCCAUUUGAGAAGUAUUAGGGAAAGGGGCUUGGAAAGGACUCGGCCGUAAUUGUGCAUUGUGUACGAGUGGCGCAAAGGUUAGGAGCGUCGUUGCAAACCGUUGUUUGCAUCGACCGAAGAAAGCCACCGACAAUCGUUAUCAACUGCUCAUCUCGCAAAAGACAGCAGCUACCCAUAAUCACUGUCUCCUUGUAUCUGCCCCGUCGGUAUCUGUUGCUGACUGGAAGCAUCAUAUGAAGCUCUCCCAUUCACUUUGACGAUUUAGACCGUUCAGCCUGAAGAGCCGUACCUUCCGGUACGAUAACGUAAUAGAUAGGAAAGGUUGUAUAUGGUACGUAUCCCUUCAGGGGAGCAGGACAGUAGCGAAAGUACAUAUAGAAUAGGUGAGGUUUGGUGGACACCAGUGUUUUGGGGAAUGCGAUGAGGCUACUACACGGUGUAUAUUUUACCAUAUUUGCCGUCGUUUCCGUGUGUGGAGGCAACCCGGAUGCAAAGCGACUCUACGACGAUCUGCUCAGUAACUAUAACAAGCUUGUCCGGCCGGUAGUCAAUGUCACUGAUGCGCUAACGGUCAAAAUCAAACUUAAACUGUCCCAGCUGAUCGAUGUGAACCUGAAGAAUCAAAUCAUGACUACGAAUCUGUGGGUAGAGCAGACGUGGUAUGACUACAAGCUAAAGUGGGAACCGAAGGAGUAUGGUGGUGUGGAGAUGCUGCACGUACCCUCCGAUCAUAUCUGGCGACCGGACAUCGUGCUGUACAACAAUGCGGACGGUAACUUUGAGGUGACGCUCGCGACGAAGGCAACGCUUAACUACACCGGCAGGGUAGAAUGGCGCCCGCCGGCUAUUUACAAAAGUUCGUGCGAAAUCGACGUCGAGUACUUCCCAUUCGAUGAGCAGACGUGCGUGAUGAAGUUUGGUAGCUGGACGUACGAUGGUUUUCAGGUGGAUCUACGGCACAUCGACGAAAUGAACGAAACGAACGUCGUCGAGGUGGGUGUCGAUUUGUCCGAAUUCUACACGUCUGUUGAAUGGGAUAUUUUGGAGGUACCUGCCGUAAGAAAUGAAAAGUUUUACACGUGCUGCGACGAACCGUACCUUGACAUUACGUUCAAUAUAACGAUGCGGCGAAAGACGCUGUUCUACACCGUCAACCUUAUCAUACCCUGCAUGGGCAUUAGCUUCCUUACCAUACUGGUGUUCUAUCUGCCAUCGGACAGUGGUGAAAAGGUACGAACAUCAAGCAAAAGGAUGCACAUCCGCUCGCCGUUACCGACGCCGACUUACAUAAAACGCUUUUCCUUCUCCGUAUCUCAUCCCCUUUUCAUUCCCGCUGUGCAGGUAUCGUUAAGCAUAUCCAUUCUGCUAUCGUUGACUGUGUUUUUCCUGCUGCUGGCGGAAAUCAUUCCGCCCACAUCGUUGGUGGUCCCGCUGCUAGGCAAGUUCGUCCUGUUCACGAUGAUACUGGACACGUUCAGUAUAUGUGUAACUGUGAUCGUGCUCAACAUUCAUUUCCGGUCGCCCCAAACCCAUACGAUGGCACCGUGGGUGAGGACUAUCUUCAUCAACCAUCUGCCGAAACUACUCGUAAUGCGUCGCCCGAUCUACCAACCGCUCCAUCACUUCAGUGCCGCCUCUCAGCGGUUUAUGCUGCGUUCGUGCAACAGCCUCGGUGACCAUAUUCCACCACUUCCGCCCACGAUCGCCUUUGAUCCGUCGGUACUGCUUGAUCACCAUUUGCUCGAUUCCAGUGAAAGCCUCAAUACCUGCCGACUGCACGGUAGCCCGACGCACCUCCACAAUCAUCGGUCGGGCGGUGGUCGACACCAUCACCAUCAUCACCAUAACGCGCUGGUCCGUGGCAUGGACCUGAUGGACGAUAUGCCACUGCCAUAUCACGACCACAACCAUCACAACUCGCCCAUGUCUCCAAUCAACUUUAAUCUACUCAGUGCGGCUAGUACUGCUGUGCCGAAUCCGCAGCACGGCGCAACCAUUACCGGUACCACUACCGGUACGGGAUUGCUUGAUCCGAACAGCACCUUUCACAAGAGUCUAGCGGCGGCCAACACAAACGACAGCAAGACCAACGCUAACCUGAUGUUGAAAGGUACUACGGCAACCGGUGGCGGCCAUCUUAGCUGCUGCAAUAGUCUAUUUCUGAACGAUCUGCAGCAGGCAGCUACGGCUGCCGUUACUACCGGUGCGACGACAGCUGAUCUACUGCUGGGCGAUAAUGGUGUUGCGGUACCGCUCAACAACAAUCUGCCCACGAACGUACUGCCGAGCGGGAUGAUCAUCAACACGACCGAUACGGGCACGACCGUACCGACGGGAGCGGCAUCUGGCGGUAAAGGUGACAAGACGGCUCAGAACCGUAACCGGUGGCUGGAGUGUCCUGAGCUAACGAAAGCGAUGGAUGGAGUAACGUACAUUGCUGACCACACACGAAAAGAAGAGGAAAGCUCAAGGGUUAAGGAGGACUGGAAGUAUGUCGCUAUGGUUCUCGAUCGACUGUUUCUGUGGAUCUUCACGAUAGCGGUCGUGUUCGGUACGGCAGGUAUAAUUCUGCAGGCACCAACACUCUACGAUACGCGCGUGCCGAUCGACAUUAAGAUGUCGGAGAUUGCCACUACGACGGCGAAGCCUUACAUCGCCAAACCCAUACUAUAAUGUGUGCCUGGACGUCGCACAAGGCAAACAAAGCAUGUUGGCUGCAGACAGCAAACCCGACAGGUGUUUUUUUCAGUGGAUUUGGAUGACGAGUUGUGUGAUCCUUUCUGAAGUCCUCUACACCUACUCAACUACUAUAAACCUACAAACACCUAUCCACUCACACUCACACAUUACACAACUACACCUACACACACACAUGCAUGCACAUUUGCCAUGCCAAUUAAGUAAGUAUGCUGCCCAGGAUCGGUUGGUAAUUGGCUAGUAGUGAAUUAAUAUCUAAGUAGUACUUUUUUAAUGGAACUGGUCAUCAACACCUUGACACAUCCUUUCACCUUUCAAAACCAGCGCACCUAACGACACAUUAACACACAUGCAUAUAACACGUGCACCUGAUAAAAUGGGGGGGGGGGGGGGAGGGAAAACGUUUAACUCAACAGACCAAUCUAACUUAUUCAAUUCCAACGCUUAACAAAUUGUGCUGCCUGCGUUUGUCUCAGUGCACCCAUCUGGGUAAAAGCAGCAAGACCCUGCCAUCGGUGACGUCGAAUAGCUUAUUCACACACCUCACUCACAAACGGUUAUCCCUCGAGCAAUGUUCGAUUUGUCGGGAGCCACUGGUACGAUGCAGUUUUACAAAAAACCGGUGUCCCUGUACAGUGAAGGACGCAGUCAAAUUUCGUACGUUGAUAGUUGAUUUUUUUUGGGGCUUUUUUUUGACAAGUUUACGCUUGUCUUUGCAACAGGGAAGCACUACCAUAACGUUAACAGAUUCAUGUAUUUAGAGUGCUACGCGGGUGUGCGGGAAGAUUGAAAAGCGCACACACAACGAAUGCCUCCAGCGGCACUAGCGCGGAGGGAGUCACUGCUCUAGUUCCAAUUUCGUUCUUUGGGCCACGUUACGCUGUCAUCGGAGCAUGGGGUUGUUUGCAUGGGAGAAUCAAUCGUUCCCUUGCGUUACUAUCGUUACUUUUUACUCACAAGUCCGUUCUAAACGCUAGUAUUCUCUUAGUACGUGCCUCCCUAACAAGCGGGUUUUAAAAUGGACGGAAGAGAACAAACUAUUUAUCGAUAUAAGCGAAUACACAGACAGACACAAAAACACACAACAAGCAACAGAGCAGUAUAAGAAAAAAAUAUGAAAGUGCAAAUACGUGUCUUCUACCGAAGGCUAACGUUAGUGUUUUAAAAAAACCGCAAAAACCCAACAAAACUAUCUGCGAACUGUCACGAAAGCAUCGGUUUUCGGCGUGCAGCUUCUCUUUCGGGGGCUCCAGUGGGGACGGGGUUGUUUUACCUGCAUUGUACCAUGAAAGAACAUGGGGAUGCAGUUUUAAUCCUUCUUUUGCCAGCACAUUCACUUUCGGUUUUUAAUUUCCUACGUUUUAUAUAAGAGCAUCCUAAAAAGGAUGAACAAAACAAUGUGUUCUCUGAGGGAUUAGCACUAGAACUACCAUGCGAUUGAAGUGUUUGUUUUUUAAAACAUUUGUUAAAAUCUUCCCAAGAGCCGAAUUAUGGUUUUUGGAUUCUUUUUGUAGUACGUAAUAUAAAAUAGAUAUAUAAAAGUCAUACAUCAACGGCGGUAGAAAUGUUUAAUCGCAAAAAUUAAUGUGAUUAAAAUGAAAGCGUAACCAGCCAAAAAUGGCGGGUAGUUUUAGUGUUAAAGGAAAUAUUGUACAUAAAGCAAGACAUCCUUUCACGGCAAUCCUUAUCAUUAUACGCACCAGUAACACCUCGUCGUAUUGGGCUCUACUACGUCGUUGUAGGCUUACUGGCGCUGUGGUAGCUGUGAUUUAAUUUUACCCCCCAGGAAGCCGAUAUGGAUCGACUUCUGGGACUUAUGGAGAAUCUACUAAUUGUUAUUUCAUCGACCCCCUUCAGCACGGGAACGCUUUACGGUGUAUCAGACGCGCAGUUAAACACACGUUUCACUGACUCACAAGAAAAAAAAAUAAUCACACAAUCAGUAACUAUUAGAAAAAAACAUACACGCUCGUUUCCAUAUUCAUAGAUUUGCGGCUCGCUUUGAGCAAUACAACAACAACAAAAACAAAAAAACCCGAAUUAUUAACGUUCAACGAAAAUAUAGAUAUAUGAAACAGAAGUGCUAGCCAAGAAGAAUAAGGUGAAAAGAGAAAGUAUAAAUUAGAGUGACAGAGGAAACUAAAACAGAAUAGAUUCUGAUAGAAGAUUGAUUUUUAUAAUAAUGAAAAUUUGAAGUAUUCAGCAGAUAGAGAAAAAAAAACAAAACAAAAAGAAAAACUCACUCAAAAACACUCAACAAACAAUUAUAAUUAGUAAUCAAGUAUAGUAGCGCAACGAAGUAACGUAAUACGCUCAAAACAAAACGCAACAAAUUCGGCGAUGAACGGAUCGGCAAUCGAGCUAUCUUCGUAUCCCGGACGUUGCGAAGGAAAACAAACCAUCUUCCUCAAACAAAAAAAAGAAGGAGAUCCUACCAACCUGUCGUCGCAGAAGGAUUACCUCAAACGAUUCGGAAGUCGAACGGAAGAAUGCAAGAGGUGUGUACCGACCAGCUGAAAGCGCUCGGAAGACGGGCCGGGGGGGAUGAGUUUGAGAGUAACAGAUGACAACAAAACAAAACAAAACUAAACAAACGAAAAAUAUAUGAAAGAAUGAAAGAAAGACAACGGAGGGGAACCAUAGUUAACUUAUGAACAAACAAACAAGCUAGCAUAAUAUAUUAAAAGCAGACAAACAAACAAAACAAAGAAAAGGAUAUCUGAAAUAAAGAAAAAAAAUAUCAUACACGAACACUUUUAA